ACGUUUGAUUAGCUUGGUCUGAGUCAUCAUCAGGUCUGGGAACAUAGACGUAGGUUUGCUAGUAGCAACCGCGUUUUUGGAGGAUCAGUGUCACCUAGGGGCUCCUGGUCAUGGGUUUGACCAAGCAGUAUCUGCGCUACAUUGCCAGUGCAGUGUUUGGAGUCAUCAGCAGUCAGAAGGCAAACAUCUCGUACGUUACUCUCCGUGGAGGUGAGAGGGGACGCUAUGUUGCCGUGGCAGCGUGCGAGCAUGUGUUUAUCUGGGAUGUCCGGAAAGCAGAAAAGAUUAUGAUCCUACAGGGACAGAAACAUGAAGUCACCUUCUUGUGCCCCUCAUCUGACGGCGUUCAUAUCGCUGUAGGUUAUGAGGAUGGCGCCGUGCGGAUCUUUAGUCUGCUGAAUGGUGAGAGCAAUGUGUCCUUCAACGGCCACAAGUCUGCUGUCACCAUGAUACGCUAUGACACGCUGGGAGCGCGGCUCGUCACCGGGUCCAAGGACACUGAUGUGAUCGUGUGGGACAUUAUCAAUGAGUGUGGGCUAUACAGGCUGAAAGGCCACAAAGACGUCAUCACACAAGCUCUGUUCCUCAGAGACAAGAACCUCGUGGUCACAAGCUCCAAGGACAGUUUUGUGAAGUGGUGGGACCUCGACACACAGCACUGCUUCAAGACUAUUGUGGGUCACCGCAGUGAGGUGUGGGGUAUGGUGCUGCUGAAUCAAGACACCAGAUUGCUAACAGGGUCAGCAGACAGUGAACUUCGUGCCUGGGACAUCAACUAUCUGCAGGAGGAAAAAGUCAAUGGAGAGCCAAAAGUAAAGAAGGGCAAAACCCUGCAGGAUGAUUCUGAAGAUGAUAAUGAAGAUGGUGACAGGCUGGAUGAGAGCACUGCAGAGCGAAUUCUGACUUGCAAUAAAGCCGGUUCCAUCCUUCGAGAGGCCAGAGACCGGGUUGUCUCAAUGACCUUGGAUGCCAAAAUGGGAGUCGUUGCCUGCCAUGGCAAUGACUCAGUCCUAGAGCUCUUCACUGUACUGUCAGAGGAGGAAGUACAGAAAAAAAUGACAAAGAAGCUGAAAAAAGCCCAAAAGAAGAUAGCCAAAGCUCAGGAUGGUGCGGACAAGACAGCGGAGCCUGUGGUAGAGAGGAAACUAAAGGAUGAGAUCAUCAGACUAACCAACAUAAAGGCUUCUGCCAAGAUCAGAUGGGUGGACUGCCUAGCAUGUUCAGGUGGUGAGCUGAAGGUUGCACUGCUGCUACAAAACAACACUGUUGAGACCUACAGCUUAAAGACUUCAGUUAAACCUCCCACAGCCAAUAAGACAACUCGCCUCACCCUCGGAGGCCAUCGCACUGACGUCCGCACACUGGCCUUCAGCUCUGACAACCUGGCCAUCCUGUCGGCCUCAGGAGACACCGUUAAAGUGUGGAACAGAGCAACUCUGCAGGUGAUUCGCACUAUGGCCUGUGAAUACUCCCUGUGCUCUCUCUUUGUGCCUGGAGACAGACAGCUUAUUCUGGGAACAAAGAGUGGGAAGUUGCAGAUCUUUGAGUUGGCCUCGGGAAGCCUCUUGGAGACAUUAGAGGCCCAUGAUGGAGCUGUGUGGUCCCUCUGCCUCGCUCCAGACCAGAGGGGAAUCGUGACGGGCAGCGCAGACAAGACGGUGAAGUUUUGGGAAUUUGAGCUGAUCAAAGACAAAGACACGGGCCAGAAGAGGCUGACGAUGAAACACACCCGCACACUGCAGUUGGAAGAAGACGUUCUGUGUGUGAAGUUUUCUCCUGAUCACAGACUGCUGGCUGUGUCUUUGUUGGACUGUACUGUCAAGGUUUUCUACACAGACACUCUGAAGUUCUUCCUGUCUCUGUAUGGACACAAGUUGCCCGUACUUUGUUUGGACAUCACACAUGACAGCACACUUAUUGCCACAGGCUCUGCUGACAGAAAUGUAAAGAUCUGGGGUUUGGACUUCGGGGACUGUCACCGCUCCAUGUUUGCUCAUGAUGACAGUGUCAUGUUCCUCCAGUUUGUCCCCAAAACCCACCUUUUCUUCACAGCAGGAAAGGACAAAAAGAUCAAACAGUGGGACGCAGACAAGUUUGAGCUCAUCCAGACACUGGAGGGUCAUCAUCGGGAGGUUUGGUGUUUGGCUCUCAGUCCCAAUGGUGACUAUCUCGUGUCGUCAUCCCACGAUAAGUCUCUACGCCUAUGGGAGAGAACCAGGGAGCCAAUCAUCCUGGAGGAGGAGAGAGAAAUGGAGCGAGAAGCAGAGUUUGAAGAGAGUCUGGGCAAAGGAGAUCUGCCUGUGCUGCCUGGAGAGACUGAAAGAGAAGCAGCACCAGCCAGCAAGAAGACUGCUGAAACCGUCAAAGCUGCAGAGCGAAUCAUGGAGGCUCUGGAGCUUUACAGAGAGGAAACCAAGAAGAUGGAGGAGCAUAAAUACGCUUGUGAAAAAGCAGGCAAAGAGUUACAGCCACCGAAACCCAAUCCAGUUCUUUCGGCCUAUGGAAAUGUUUCACCAUCCCGUCAUGUUUUAGAUGUCAUUAGAAAGGUCAGAUCCAGUGAGCUGGAGGUUUCUCUUCUGGUCUUACCGUUCCCUUACGUUCCCGAGCUGCUGAUGCUCUUUAACAGCUACAUCCAGCAGGGCCUGGAGGUGGAGCUGGUCUGCCGCUGCCUUUUCUUCCUGCUCAGGAUCCAUUUUGGGCAGAUUUCUAGUAAUGAGAUGCUCUUGUCUGUUAUAGACAAACUACGAGCUAGUACACUCUCAAAAGUGUGUGAAAUCAGAGAUGUAAUGGGGUUCAACAGCGCCGCCCUGCAGUUUCUCCAGCGGGAGAUUGAGCGCAAAGAGGAUGUGAUGUUCUUCACAGAUGCCACUGGUCAGCUGGAGCAGAAGAAAAAGAGGAGGAGGAAGCGGGAGCGAGCCAUUCUCACCAUCGCUUGAAUCAAAAUGGACAGAAUUUUGUUCACAACAGCUUCACUUCCCAUGUGCUUCGUCUCCCUCCAGGAGGGUUACGCUGUUUUUUAACCUCCACUGACAUCCUGACUUGCUUAGUUUCCCAAAUAAACUAUGUCUGAUGUCUGCAGU